UCCGGCGGAUGCUACCAUCACCGAUUUCCAUUCCACAGCCCUCUCUGCCUCGCUGCUGAUCGGUGGGUGCGCGGUAACUUUAGGCCUAGGGGAUACAGCCUAUUUUCUGUUACCGCUUAGCAUGCAUUGGUUUCCGGCACCAGAGAAGUAGCCGGUUACUUAGAUACACCUUUGACAUAUGCGGUAGCGCAGUAUCUGGAGGCUAUAGGCCCUAGUGUAGCAGUCGCGAAGACACACGCGCGAGGCAGUGGGGACGAAAUACGGGGCCGAGUAGGGGUGGGUCCAUUUCAUGCGGAGAGGAAGCGUAUUGCACUACGACCGUCUUGACCCGGUAAAAAGACCUGCUUCUGGUGGACCGGAAGAUUUGGGACAGCAUGCUCCUCGAAGGAUGGCCAUUAUGAGUGAGAUCGAGGAACAGGAACGAAAAAUAGUAAAUGAAUUUUGCCACUUGUUGGAGAAAUCCAAACAGCUCUUCAAUGGCCUCAGAGAUCUGCCGCAAUAUGGGCAUAAGCAAUGGCAAGCAUAUUUCGGUAGGACAUUUGAUGUAUACACCAAGCUGUGGAAAUUCCAGCAACAACAUAGGCAAGUCUUAGAUGUAAAGUAUGGAUUAAAAAGAUGGCAAAUAGGAGAGAUAGCCUCCAAGAUAGGUCAACUCUAUUACCAUUACUACCUUCGUACCAGUGAAACAAACUACCUGAACGAAGCAUUUUCAUUUUACGCCGCAAUCCGAGCGCGGGGCUACUAUUCCAAAGCAAGCAAAGAGGAAAGCCUGCCCUACUCGCAUCGUUCGGACCUCAUGGUGAAAAAGUUACGCUACUAUGCCAGGUUUAUCGUCGUCUGCCUCCUGCUCAAAAAGAUGAAGCUUGUGAGAGACCUUGUUCGGGAACUUGCCAAACAGAUAGAUGACUAUACUGCAACUUAUGAGCCUGAGGAUCAGCUAGAGUGGUCGCUCGUGCUCGGGGAGAUCAAGUCGUUCAUUGACGCCGAUAACCUGGUGAACGUGGUAGACCUGGAUUCUUCUUCAAUCGUGCUGUCGCACAGGCUGAGCCCUCUGAACGUACCCCCAAUGGAGAAGGUGCCUGCAACCCACCUCAGUCUUCAAGAGAUACUUAUUGUUGGGAACUGUUGUGACCAGCUGCUGGACGUUCCUCAGGUGAAGUUCAGCGAGCUGACCCUGGACAUGUUCCGAAUGCUGCAGACAUUGGAGAGAGAGCCCCAGGAAGACACCACACAACUAUACGAUGCCUCUCCUGCACCAGGGCGCGUGCCAUUUCCUGAAAAUGGAAGUGGGGAGCUCGGCACUGGUGGAAGGCCAGGAAAGCGUGAGAAUCCACAUAAAUACCUGCUAUAUAAACCGACCUUCAGCCAGCUCUUUGUGUUCCUCGCCUCCGGUUUCAAGGAGCUUCCACCAAAUGGCGUUCUGCUCCUCUACCUGUCUGCGGAUGGCUGCUUCCCCAACGUGAAGCAUCCAGACGAUGUGGGAUACGAUUACGGAGGUGUGGCAACUAAUAGCAAACGUGAACCUGAACAUUCGAACAAGAGGAGCAUUCAGCUGAAAGACAUGCAUUGCCUUUAUCCGGGUGACCUGUACCCGUACACGCGGAAGCCCCUUUUUCUCAUUGUGGACAGCGACAACAGCCACGCAUUUCAGCAUGUUCCACGUUUCUUCGGGCAGCCCUUGGUGGCGCUAAUGUCCCCCGAAGACCUUCCUCCUGCCUUUCACGAUCAGCAACACAAAGGCAACCUGUUAACGUUGUUCCUGCACAGUCCAUUGACCGCGCUCUGCUUCAUCUGUCAUGUGGUUGAUGUGCCAGUCUCUCUGUGGGAGAAAGCUCACUGUCACCUGAACCGUUUCAUGGCAGAGGCCAGUCGAGUGCUCAUUCGCUCUCGCAGCAUAGAUCCUGCAUACUUGCAGUUCUAUGGGGAUGACUUCCUGCGGUUGCUGAUGCUUAGGUUCGUUUUCUGUCACAUUGUCCUGAAAUUACAUCGAAUGUUCAAGAUGAAGUAUUCAAUGGGGGAGCCCGAGAAUGUGUAUCAGAGGACAUCCCAGGGGACGACGGGCACACCACCCUACCAGUCCAUACCGGGCUCCAACUACCUUCCACGCUCACAUCCUCCGAUCCCCGAAAGCGAAGUGCUCGAUCAUCCGGCGCUACAGCGUACCGUUCUGGAGUUGGCCAGUGUCCUGGAUGUCCGUUCCCUAUUUUCCGAGCUGGACGAGGCCGACUGACGUGCAGUCAUGUUCACCUUGGCCUGAGAUAUAGUGACUGUAGCAAUGUGCUCCAAGAUCUUUCAUCUCUGCACCGUAGAUGCAUUAUUCCGAAAUUGAACUUCACAGACGUCAUGCCUUCAAGCCGCCCUUCACCUCCCGUCGACAGGGUGUGCUGGAAACGGAAAUUGUGUCGAGGCUCGGAAGAGGUCUUCGUAGAGGUGGAGCCCCCGAGCGACGGGCACGAAAUUGGAGCUCUCCGGGUGUUGGUCCACACGAGAGCUGCUGAUUGUGUCGCAUUUUAAAGCGAGGCGUGAAAUUAUGACAGCGUGAAAAAGAUAAUUAUUAGACGAAAAUAGCGAAGACUGUUUGUGGCAUGGUGAGAACGUUGUUCUGAAGUGUUGGCUGGUUGUCCCACCAUGCCUUUACAUGUACAGUUUGGCCUCUAUGUAGCAAAGAUAUAUAUAGAAAAGUGACACUCUAGCUUCUCCUCAAGAUAUUUGCAAAAUUAUCAAGUUAUUGAAUGCGACGCAAGGUUUCUUGCUGACUGGGUCAGUCUCUGGUAGUAAUUAAGAAAAUAACUUUAGCUAGUUAGUUUUCGGCAACCACAUUUCGAACGCGCUGUAUUGCAAGGUUUUUCACGCGCGAGUGCCAUAGUGUCGAGGCUUCAAGUACCCUGCCAAUUUUUCCAAAACAGGAAUUCCAUGAAUUUUGCCAUUUCAUCCACAGCCAGGAAUGCCUUACUCUAAUUCCCACUAUGCUGUUGGGUCCCACUUGAAAUCCUCUUAUCUAAGACAUGGUGUAACUGCCUGGACAGUACAAGCACUACAACAUUUUGUUUUUAGAGUGGCAUUGAUUCUGCUUUUUACUAAGUUACUAUAACAUGGUAACUGCAGCUGUAACUGGUUAGGUUAGGUUGGGUUGGGUUAGGUUAGGUUAGGUUAGGUUAUUUGUGCACUGACUGUACCCAUGACUGGACUAGAUGCAGCACCAGCUCCCAUGACAUAGUGGUUAGGAUAAUCUCUUUCCACGCUGCGGGUGACGUGGGUUCAAAUCCCUGCACCGGCUGUGCUGUCUGAGGUUUUCCCUAGGUUUUCAAACAGACUUCCCAGAGGAAUGUCAGCACGGUUCCUCUUGAAGUCUGCCCAGGAUGCAGGAUACAAACCCCCCUGUCCCCCACUCCUUUCUGCUGUCCUCUCCACGCCACUCAAAGCCACAGUUGCUUUGCGGUGCUAACAGAAUUAAUAAAUAAACUAGUCAUUUAUUUGCUCUGAAAGCAUGAGCUGCUUCCUACCUAGCAGCAUGUGAUGGCCAUUAUGCUGAGCGUUUUGAGCUGAGCUUCCUGGUGUUCUACUAGAAGUGAUCUGUCCCUGCCAAAACACACACACAUUCGCGUGGAACAUAUUUGGUGUUGAAAUGCACCGUAUUGCAGUGCUGGUCUGUUACACUAAAUGCACGGCUUUAAGCGUUCAAUUUGUAACGCUAUUAUGCACUAUUUACGUGCAACUAAAUUGGAAAAUUCGGAUAUUUUGUUACAUUGAGGUCGAACUGUACGUGCCUUUGUUUAAUACCUUGUUCACUAGUCAUUUUUGUCUGUUGUGUUACGCAUAAAUUACAAAUUGCUUUCUAGUCAUCGUUAUAAAUAUUGCAUCAUGUGG